AGUGAGCAGUUGAUUCUCAAGGAAGAUGACAAAUCUAAACCAACUGAAGAUUCAGGAAAGACAGAAGAAACACCAACUAAGGAUGAAAAACCUGAAAGAAAGAGAAAAAGAAAAGAGACUCCUACAAAGAAUGAAAAAACUACAGAAACUGUUAGUGAAUCAUCUUCUGCUUCAGCCGGUGCAAAGAAUGAAGCAUCAUCUUCAAAUGGAUCUGAUGAUGGUGGUGAAGAUGAUGGAAAUAAACUUGGUGGUCGUAAGGCUGCUAGAGUUGAAUACAGUCCUGAAAUCUAUCCUCAAGUUUUAGCUGUCCCAAUUACACAACGUCCAUUGUUCCCAGGUCUUUAUAAAGCUGUUAGAAUCGCUGAUCCUCAAGUGAUGAAUGCUGUUAAUAGAUUAGUUGAUGAGAACAAACCUUAUAUUGGUGUUUUUGCCUUUAAAAAAGAAGAUGCUGAUAGUGAUACAAUUAGCAGCAAAGAUGAAGUCUUUGAGACUGGUGUUUUCGCUCAAAUCACUUCUUGCCAUAUGACUAAAGAUGUUCACGGUAAGGAAAAUAUGACUAUUGUUGUCUAUCCACAUUUUAGAAUCAAAAUUGAUGAAGUUUUACCACCAAAACCUUUAGGUGAAGUUAUCACUAGUGAAACUAUCAACAAGGAUAAACUAGAAAAAGAAGUUGAACAAGAAUUACUUGAAGAAGGUAAGGCUUUGGAGGAAGAAUCUGUCAAGAAUGAAAAAGAAGAGCGUUUAAUCAAAAAGAUUGAUGAGGAAUCAGAAUACAAUCCAACUGAAUUCUUGAGUGAAUAUGAAGUUUCAAGAGUUAAUAUUUCAUUAGCAUCAUCUGAACCAUUUGACAAGAGUUCACCUGUUGUUAACGCAUUAUCAAGCGAAAUCCUAAGAGUCUUUAAAGAUGCUGCUCAAUAUAACCAUCAUAUCAAAGAACAAUUAACUGUCUUCAGUGACCGUGAUGGAGGUUCUGUGUUUGACAAUGCAGGUGAAUUGGCAGAUUUUACAGCCUCAUUAUGUGUUGGUAAAGUUGGAGAAAUUCAAGAAGUUUUAGAUGAGCUUAAUGUGGAGAAAAGAUUAGAAAUGGCUUUGACUUUAUUGAAAAGAGAAGUCUUGCAAGUUCAACUAUAUGAUAAGAUUGUUAAAGAAGUUGAACAAAAAAUCACCAAGAAACAACAGGAAUAUGUUUUGAUGGAAAAAUUGAAACAAAUCAAGAAAGAGUUGGGUAUGGAUGAUGGUCGUCAAAAAGUUAUUGACACUAUUACGGAAAGAAUCAAAGAUUAUGAUAUCCCGGAAAGUGUUCAAAAAAUUAUUGAUGAUGAAAUAACAAAAUUACAAACUUUAGAACCUCAUAUGUCAGAAUUUGGUGUUACAAGAAAUUAUUUGGAUUGGAUCUCAUAUAUUCCAUUUGGUAAAUUCACACCAGAAACUUUCAACAUUGCAAGUGCUAAAAAAAUCUUGGAAGAAGAUCAUUAUGGUUUGAAAGAUGUUAAAGAUCGUAUUUUAGAAUUCAUUGCCAUUGCUAAAUUACUGGGAUCUGUUAAAGGUAAGAUCAUCUGUUUUGUUGGUCCACCAGGUGUUGGUAAAACAUCUAUCGGUAAAUCUAUUGGUAGAGCAUUAAACAGAAAUUUCUUUAGAAUCUCGGUUGGUGGGUUAUCAGAUGUUUCAGAAAUCAAAGGUCAUAGAAGAACUUAUGUUGGUGCAUUACCAGGUCGUAUCAUUCAAGCCUUGAAGAAAACUCGUACAAUGAAUCCAAUGAUUUUGAUUGAUGAAAUUGAUAAAAUCAGUACACACCCAGCUAUUAAUGGUGAUCCAUCUGCUGCAUUAUUAGAAUUAUUAGAUCCAGAACAAAAUAAUGAAUUUUUGGAUCAAUAUAUGGAUUUCCCAGUUGAUUUAUCAAAAGCAUUAUUUGUUUGUACAGCAAAUACUUUGGAUACUAUUCCAAGACCAUUAUUGGAUCGUAUGGAAGUUAUUGAAAUUCCAGGUUAUGUUCAAGAAGAAAAAGUUCAAAUUGCAAAGAAUUAUUUGAUUCCAUCAGCUAAAAAAGAAUCAGGUCUUGAAGAUGUCAAUAUCAAGAUUGAGGAUGAAACUGUUGAUGCCAUUGUUAAACAUUAUGCCAAAGAAAAUGGUGUUAGAAGAUUAAAACAAUUGGUUGAAAAAAUCUAUAGAAAAGCUGCAUUUAAAGCUGUUACAGACACUGUUGAAAAAGAUGAAUUAGUGAGUGAAGAAAAAGUUCAACCAAACAUUGAUCACCGUGAACCAAAAGCUGAUAGAGAAACUGUUAAGAAAGAGGAUAUUCCAGUAGAAAAAGUUGUUUUACCAGAAAGUUUUGCAUUAGAUAUCACACCAGAAAACCUGAAAGAUUAUAUUGGACCACCAGUUUAUACAAGUGAUAGAUUAUAUGAAGUUACUCCAGCGGGUGUUAUUAUGGGUCUUGCAUGGACACAAAUUGGUGGUACUUCGCUAUAUGUUGAAAGUACAGGUGAACCUGUUGAAAAAGGUGGUGAUUUCAGAGUCACUGGUAGAUUAGGUGAAACAAUGAAGGAAAGUUCAAAUGUUGCAUUUGCUCUUGCUAAAAGCUUUGUCAAGACUGAUUAUUUCAAGAAACAUAAUGUUUAUGUCCAUUGCCCAGAAGGUGCUAUUCCAAAAGAUGGUCCAUCAGCUGGUAUCACUAUGACCACUUCUUUAAUCUCAUUAGCAUUGAACAAACCAUUACCACCAAUUGCAAUGACUGGUGAAGUUACAUUAACCGGUAAAGUUUUAAGAAUUGGUGGGUUAAAAGAAAAAUUGAUUGCAGCCAAGAGAAAUGGUAUCAAGAAAGUUAUUUUACCAAAAAAUAAUGAAAAUGAUUUUGAUGAUUUAGAAGCAAAAUUAAAGGAAGAUUUUGAACCAUUAUUUGUGGAUAAUUAUUCAGAAAUAUUUGAAGAGUUAUUUAGCGAUUGUGCUAAUGAACCAGUUUUAGAAACUAAAGAAUCCAAGAAUGAUUAAUUAUGAGAGACGUCACACUACACAAUAACGCCCAUGAACUAACACCAUAAUAUUUGUAAAUAUAUAUCAACAUUAUGAAAGGUAUUUGAUUUAAUUGUCGUAGAGCUCAAGAAUGAAACAGAUCUCUUGUUGUUAGCUCAUCUCAGCUGAAGACUCUGUAUUUAGCCUUUAAGGAAGCAAAACAUCAGCAAGAUGAAUACCACUACUCGUAAAGAUUCUCACCUUGGCUCAUUAUAAUUAAAUGUAACCUUUUUUACCUACCUCUACACACAAUUCAGAUCAUUAUACGUUUUUACUUUUUUGAUGUUUUCUGGGGUAGUUUCUCCCUUUAGCAAAACACCGCCAAAGACAAAAAAAAAUAAA